AUGACCACCUUCCCCCCAGUUCCUGUGGCGCGUACAAGGCUCACAGUCUUGGCCAGGCAGAAACUGCCAUGCUCUCCAGGAAAAAUUCCAAGGGCUCGAUUGAUCAAAGAGAAAGACGACAUAGAUCAUUACCUGGAGCAGAAUUUCAAAGGCCUGUCGAAGGAAGAGGUUGCUGCCCACAGGAACUCAUACAAGAAGAGCAUCUGUGUGGACAUGCUGCGUGACGGCUACCACAAGUCCUUCACCGAGCUCUUCACCCUGAUGGAGCAGUGGGACGCGCUGCGGCACGCCGCUGAGGUGCGGUCCCUCUUCUGGAUGCAGAGGCCGCUCGAGGAGCAGCCGGACAAGCUGGACAAUUUCUACUACUACCUGACCAGGGCCGAGGCCGCGGAGAGGCAGGAAUACUAUGAAGAAGUGUAUAACAACUUAUACGCUCUGGCCUGUUACUUCGAUAAUUCUGAAGACAAGUGGGUGCGGAAUCACUUCUAUGAACGGUGUUUUAAUGUUGCUCAGCUGAUCAAAAUUGAUGGUGGGAAGAAAGAAGCAGAGGCGCAGGCGCACAUGGGCCUUCUGUUCGAGGAAGAGGGUGAGCUACUGGAAGCGGCCCAGCACUAUGAAGCAUUCCAUGAAUUGACACAGGGCCGGAUAUGGAAGGAUGAGGCAGGCCACUAUCUCAACUUGCUCGCCUGUGAAAGCCUCGUGAGGACCUACAGACUGCUCUCAGACAAAAUGCUGGAAAACAAAGAAUAUAAACAGGCCAUCAAAAUUCUAAUAAAAGCUUCUGAAAUAGCCAAAGAAGGAAGUGACAGGACCAUGGAAGGAGAAGCUGCUCUCUACCUGGGCUCAGCCUACAUGUCUGCUGGAGAAUAUGAAACCGCACUCACAGUGCUGCGCAGGUACAGCGAGAUUGCUACCAGCAUGGAUGAUGAUCUGAACCUGGGGAAAGCCUACGAGGCGAUCGCCAAGGUCCUGCAGAGCCAAGGACAGAUGACAGAAGCAAUUAAAUACCUGGAAAAGGUUGUGAAAAUUGCAAGGAACAACUUUCAAAGCCUCGACGUGAUACGAGCAAGCACGAUGCUAGGCGACAUCUACAAUGAAAAAGGGCAGUACAGCAAGGCUUCCGAGUACUUCCAGCAAGCUUUCAGCACCACUGUGGAGCUCAUGAAAACGGCGCUGAUGGAUGAAACCAAAGUUCACUAUGGCAUAGCCAGAGCCCACCAGCUGAUGCUGACCAUGACGGGUUACAUAGAGGCGGCAGAUAUGGACAGCCUCAACUGCCUGCUGGCCUGGAAGGAAAGCAGAACGCAAAUCAAAUAUGACCCAGUUCUGGGAGAGACUAGAAGAGCCACAGAAGAUAGCAUAUAUCAAUACCCAGAUAAUCAGGAAGAAACAAGAAGAUCUCCAGAUAACCAAUAAAAUGAAGCUUAAGUGACUCAACAUCAAGGCAAGAAGAAAUUGAGGUGGGCUGCAUCUGAGAGGAGCAUGCGAGGAGGG